AUGGCAGCCUUCUGUGCUAGCUCUGCUAGACUAGCUCUACCUACACUUCUCCGCAACGUUUAUCGCUCCGAAUUUGCCUCUGAGCUUCAUUCCUCCCGUCUCAUCUCUUUGCGCCGGGCGCCUCACUCCCAUCAGCGUUGUAACAAUGGCCGGGGUUUUGCUUCCCUCUCGAGGCUACUUGCCUCCCAACCAGGAUCGCAUGCGAAUUCACAACCGCCUUCGCAGCCGGCCAUUACAGAAUCAAGUUCAGAACAACUAGAUGCCGCUGAAGAUGGCUCUGUUAGUGGAGCUUCUGAAAAGGAUGCAGCAGUCCAUCGUGAUCGACGGGACCCAAACAAACCUGCAAGAAAGGCGAAGAAGACGAAGUUUUCCUCAUCACAAGCAGAACCCGAUGCAAACUCCAACAAAUCCUCUCGCGAUAAGAAACAUGAGCGCAGUGACCGAACCUUCCCGGAUUACAAACCCAAGAAGAAAAAGGAGAACUGGCAAAUUCAGAAAGAUGCCUUGAAGAAGAAAUUCAAGGACGGAUGGAACCCAUCAAAAAAGCUUUCGCCCGACGCUCUUGAGGGUAUUCGCCACUUACAUGCCGUUGCUCCGGACAAGUUUACGACUCCUGUUCUUGCCGAGCAAUUCCAGGUAUCUCCAGAAGCUAUUAGGCGUAUUCUGAAAAGCAAAUGGCGUCCUUCUGAAACGGAAAUGGAGGAUCGGCGCAAGCGAUGGGAAAAGCGACAUGAUCGAAUCUGGAGUCAUCUAUCGGAGCUGGGUCUCCGACCGAAAACAAAACGCACAGAGGCCUUAGAUGAUUCAAAUAUACUGUAUGGUAAGGGUGAAGAAGGCAACAAACCAUCGGAGUAA